CAGAAGUCGUAGAAGGCUUGACUUACGGACCCCGUUCCGUAGGGCGGCCGCUCCUCCUCCCGAUGCUGGAGAACAUGACGGUGGAUUGGAUCGGUACUUCAUGCUCUGCACGGCUUGUCGAGAAAAUGUUAGAGUCAAGAGCCCGUCUUGACGAUGAUGCGGGCGUGCCGCGUCUGAAGUCUGCUCAGGUGAUACAGAAUUGGACCAACGGCUUUCACCACAAGCGCCACGACUGGACGAUUCAAGGGAGUGGGGAGAUCAAACAUUCCGGCUACACGAAAACACCAUGGAGGAUUGAUAAUUUCUGAUCACCUAUUCUUUGUACGGCUAUGGGCACGUCAGUUCAGAGUAGAUAAGUAGG